ACAACUUUAAUACAAAAAUUCUCUUUUAUAGCUAGGUUCGUCACAAUCCACUUGAUUGGCUAAUUAACAAAAACAUCUUUCUCACAAACAGUCCUUGAGAAGAACAGAAAAACAGAGUAGGAAAACACCACCUGCAGGUUGUUUAUACUAACAAGUUAUCACAGUUUCUCUACAACUCCCUAAAAAGUCUCACAAGUCCACUGUGAGAAAACGAAUCCCAUUUUCUCGCUCUCUGACCAGGCUGUCACAUCCACAAAGGAUAUGUUCCACUCUUUUGUUCCACUCUUGUGGAGAUAAUUUUGUCUGUCUUCCACUCUGUGGUUAUACUGGUUUCAUCUAAGAUCAGUAAUACAUGUUAUUAUAAUGGAAUCAAAGAAAAAGGUUUGCUGUUUCACCAGCAAUCAUCUUGGUUGUACCUUAAGUGAAUAAGAAAUGUAUUUUCCAGACAAAGCUGAAAUGUGUAGUUCAGAGCCAUAAAAGACCUGCAUGAUCUUUGAAAUAAUUAUGAAGGACUAUCUAUCAUCCUUCAAGAACAUUCUGAAGUAUCAAACAUGAAAACAAUCAUGGUUGAUUUUAAAUCUGAAAUGCUAAAUGAGUUUAUGACAAAAGAACAUGUACUGAAGAACAAGACACUCAGAGAGGAAGACAAAGGUAAUUCUGCUCAGCAUUUCAAUGCCUGUCUUCUAGACUUUGGCUCCUGGGGAAAAGUCUCCAAGGUGUUUUAGACAGUUCAGGCCUCUCUGGUACCUGAGGGACAAAUUGAUACCAAGAAGAAGGGUUGUCAAGUGCCAAGAAAGGGACUGUGCAGACACCAGAGAGUGUCAGUAAAGGCUCUCUUGCUCCAGGGUUGCCUUGGCCAUUUGUGCUACAUAAUUUUUUCCCAUGUCUGGUGCCUGAACUAUUUCCUUGUAGUUAAUGUCUGAAUUUCUUCCAAGGCCAAAGAGAGAUCACUCUUUUCUUUUAAAGAGACGUGGAAAUGGAAGAAGCUUUUUUCAUACAGCCACUCCAUUGUAAUAGACCAUUCAGCCAUAACACAGAGAAUCUCAGCCUUUCUCUGCCUGGGCACACAUUUCUGUAGCCCUCUGACUUUCCCAGCAUAGCAAAAGCAAGGAAUCACAGAGACUCAGAAGCAGUUACUGCUACAAAGAAAAGUGAAGCCAGGGAGACACUGGAUGAUACUUAAAAAACAGAGAAACAGAGAGUAACACCAACCUGAGUGCUCUGAGGAAAGGGCCACACUGAGUGAAAAAAAACAGAGGAAAAUUUGAAUUCCUUUCAGCCUUAUUAGUCUAAAGUGUGAACUGGGACUGAAUCUGGGGAUAUUUAAAGUAUCCAUGCUAUCUGAUAUAAAAUAUAAAGUGUCACAUUCUGCCCUCUGAGACACCAGGGAAUUGUACUGCACUACCAGGGAACUGUGCAUUGAGUAACAGUGGAAUUACUCAAUAUAGGAAUUGGUCUUUUGGAAAGGAUUUGCCAACUUCUGCCAUUGUUCAGUAUUUUCCCUGUCACAGGAUACAAAGUAAGCAUAUAUGGAAUAUAGGAAUUAUCCUGCAGUAUUUCAGCAUUUGAAAAUUUUGGUGUUCUAAAGGAUCUUGGCAUUUCUGAGAGAAACUGACCAGAGCAUAAUUUUACUUCAGCUGAACUCUAGCAUUUGGGCAGGAUGACCUGCUAAAUAAAGGUAAUUUCUCUUUUCAGAUUUGUGGCCAAACAAAUUACUUCUUACCCAGUGCCAUUAGCAAUGCUAUAAAAAAAAAAAAAAAAAAAAAAGCAAAAAAAAAAAAGCAAGCAAGCAAGCACUCUUAUUUCUAAUAGCACUUGCUCAGACAUUAUUCCCUAAUAUUUUAUGUUUAUUUUUUCUGCUUUUAAUGUGCUGUUUAUUUAUUCCUAGCAAUAAAAGUAUGUUGCAGCACUACUGAAAAGAUACUUGGAGUCGCAUGUUUUUUGAAAGCAGAUUGUUUAUUAUCAAGUACUUGUUAGUCACAUCUGAGUGAUUAAUACUAAAGUGUGUGCUCCUGAACUCUGUCUGGGCAGCAAAAAGGCUGUCCCAAGAGUCUGUGUGUGGUGGGCAUUCUCUUUGGAUCAUGAGGAAGUCCAGGCCCCAGACAGCAGAGUGAGGUGGAAGAGUGUAAAUUCUUGCAAUGGCCUUCAACCUGGUACAGUUUUUACACCACAGACCCCAUAAGGAAUUUCCUUGAAACUCCCUCAGGUGAAAUGAAUGUUCCCUGACAAAACCUGAAUGGGGGUCAGGCUGCUGGAGUGCUCUGUCUGCUGCUGGAUCCUCUGUUAGGGAUGUUUGCUCUGCACAAAUGCAUUGUGCAUCCACAGCUAGGAAUUUCUUGUGCAGCUGUGCCUGGAGGAGACUCAGCUAGGUGCUUUUAAAACAGCAGAUAUUUUUUAAUCCUGGUGUAGACAGGCAGUGCUGAAUUUUAGUACAUAAUAACUAGGUAAGAUGAAUGGUAAUCCACAUGGAAGACUUCCACUCAGUAUCCAGCUCUGUAAAACUCACCACAAGACUGAAACUCCAUCCCCUUUGCCCAGUUCAAGUUCUGCCAUAAAUCAUCAUCUGUUCAUUAGUGUUUGCUAAACAUUGUGCCUUUUGUCAUAAAACUUGGCUCAAGUUAAUCUGCAAUGUCACUAGAUAUAUAUUUGUAUAAAUCUAAUCUGGCUAAGAGUUGUGUUGCUCUUUGCUUGAACACACAGAUGCCAGCCUUGGAGCAGAGGUUUGGCCAGAAUUAGUCUGAAGCCAAGCUCCGAGAAUCUCAGGGCCUAGAGAUUCCUUGGAAACCUUGGAAACAAGGGUUUAAAAAACAGUUUUUAUGAAUCCCUAGGAAGAGAAACUGUAAUAUUUCACCUCUUUCUACCAUGAUGCUAGGGUGGGAUUGAAACCGGAAUCUUUGGAUCCAAUUGUCCCUAACCUCAGAGAAGGUCAAACUCAUUAAAAAUGUGAUACGUUGCUCCAAACCAAAACCUGACCACUAAUAGAUGUUUUUGACAAAACAGUUCUCUCCAAAAAUGCUGUUUUGCUGGACUUUAGAUAUUUUGCAAGAGAGUUUUGAUUUCAAGGAAAAUUUUAAAGGAGAAAGAAAGCAAGCACAUUAUUUGAAUAAUGUCAAAGACUUGGUUUGAUUUUUUUCCACAUAUUUACAUUUCAUUAUUUCAUGAUUCAUUACAUUAGUCUUUUAUAACUUUUAUACUUUAACAGAGUUACAGUGACAUAUUCUGAAAUUAUCACUAUAAUUGGCUUACUUAAAACUCUGACCUUACCACUACUAUAAUAAAGGGAAAACACAUGUGCAAAUCUCUGAAAAAUGAGAUAAUUUUAACACAGGCCUGAAAUUCAGUUUACUUAUGUGGAGCACAACACAGGCAGAGAACUUCAUGCUGAGGUCAUAUGGGAUUAUGCUGCACAUUUCACUAAAUUUAUUACUGACAUUCACAGGAGGACUUGGGCAGGUUCAUACCUCACGUGGGAAUCUGCUUGGGUCUCACUUCUCAGCUUGUCAUCCUUCCCACUGCUCCGUCACACAAUACCUGGAGUAGAGACAGACUCAGUGUAACCCAUUGCUUCCUUCCAGUGCCUGAAGGGAGCCCACAGGAAAGAUGGAGAGAGACUCUUGUUAUGGGAUGUAGUGCAGGACUGGGGGAAUGGCUACACACUGACAGAAAGCAGGUUCACAUUGGAUAUCAGGAGAAAUUCUUCCCUGUGAGGCUGGUGAGGCCCUGGUGAGGGUGCCCAGAGAAGCUGUGGCUGCCCCAUCCCUGGAUGUGCCCAAGGCCAGGUUGGAUGGGGCUUGGAGCAACCUGGGAUAGUGGAACUUGUCCCUACCCAUGGCAAGAGGGUGGAAAUGGGUGAGCUUUGAGGUCCCUUCCAACCCAAACCAUUCCACAAUUCUGCAACUAAAUGGAUCCUUUCUGUUCUUUACAUAUUCUAAGUGAUAGAACCAUAUAUUCCAUAAAAGCUACAUGUAGUUCCAAAAAUCAAGACAUGUCUGUUACUCUAUAUGGAAAGAGUGCAUGGUUUUGUUUCUGUUUGGCAAAAAAAGAGUUAAUGCCUGAUGAUGAAUCCUUUGUGCUGGGAAACUCCUGGAUUGUGCCAUUCUCACUGCUGGCCCAGGUGGGAAACUUCAGUGACUGUUUCUGAUUAUAAGGAUCAUGAAAAAGAUCAUUUUGUUCCAGCGUGGCAGGUCCAUUUAUAUCUCUUUUACUGAAAGGCCUGCAAAAACAUUCAUAUUCUCACAGGAAACAGGCCCCCCUACCUUUUUGUUUUCCAGGAGGAAAUGUGAGGAGUCGGAUGAAAGGAGUUCCUAAAUAACAUGAAGUGCUGGUCUGGUGCUGGCCACAGACUCCCCUGUAUCAGUGGCAGCCUCUUGAUCCCUCUUUGCAGAGCACAUGGAAAAUCAGUCGCUGGUUUGCAGCAGCUGCCCAAACAGCACCAUGGGCAUUGUCUGCAGGAGACCCUGCCCUGGCUCAUGCCCCUGGCAGACCUGGCAGCAUCCUCAGUUUUUCAGGGACAGUCUCUGCAGUGCUGGGGCAGCCCUGGAGCAGAGGGCGGCUCCCUGAGGCCCUGACACGGGGCCAUGGCUCUGCUGCUGGCAGCGGCACAAGUGCUGCUGCUCCUGGGUCUGCCUGAGGACUCCCAGUGCCUCUGCUCGCCCACUGCCUUCUACAAGAACUGCUGGAUCCGGCGCUUCCCAGGCCUCCUGGUGGACCUGCGGGAGUCGCGGAGGAGGGGAGCCCAGCUGCUGAAGGGUUAUGCAGAAAUCUCCCCCCAGCAGUGCAGCAGGACCUGCUGCCUUCUGAGGAAUGUCUCCUGCAAUCUAGCAGUGUUCUACCAUGGAGCCAUUCAUGAGAACAGGAACUGCCUGCACAUGUCUUGCCCAGCUUUGGAAAGCUGCAUUCUAAAGGCUGGAGCUGAUGUCAUUUUGUACAACAUCACAACAGGGAUUGAUCCAGAUCUUCUCAUUUUUGAGAAACUGAAAUCUCAAGAGCCAAAUGCUUUCUCCUCAGCAAGUAAAUCUGAGAAGCAGCACAGCACAAAGACCCCUGAGGGGGGAAGAUGCCAACAUCACAAUGGCACCACGUCAGGUUCUCCUCUGCUCCGAGCUCCACCUGCUGCCACGAGCCGUGGUUUACCAGCAAGCACUCCCACCCCCAGCUGGAGUCUAAAAGUGCAGAGAACUGAAGGUACUGCCUAUUCCAGGGCAGAUACUUCCCCAGCAGCCAUUGCUUUUGCUACGAGGACAAGCAGCAGGUCGGUCACCAGCUCAGACAAGAUCGCACACUCCGCUUUGAGCCCCAAGCCUGCCCAGGUGUUAUCCCACAUGCCCACGCCUCCUCACCUGAACAGCAGCAAGCAGCACCUCAAUGAAACCAAAGGCUACAGUGGCAGGAAUUCCACGUCGGAUAACGAGGCAGCUGCCUGGGAAGCUGCAGCUUUGGGGGUCUGGCUGAUUCCUGUUGUCCUUUGCUCCUCUCUCCUCUGCCUGUGCUGUUGCACUGUUGCCCUCACAGCCGGGCGCUGCGGCUACAGGAGGGGUCACUAUAAACCCGUAAGGACAAGAACAACCAUGUCCAGACAGCUCAUAAAAUAUGCUCCUGUCAGAGGUAAUCUGUGAAACACCAUCCUGGCUCUGGAACAAGCAGGAUUCUAAAAAUGCACCCCAUACACCGGCUUACUUCUCUCACAGCAGCAGUGAUAACUUAGUUCAGAAUAUUUUGGUUAUGAUUUAAUUCUCAGCAGAUGAAGCACAACUCCCUGACUCUUUAGGAAGGAAACACCCACUCACAGCUCCCAUUGUCUGAAGCAUUUUGGUUCAUAAUCUGAUGCAGAUUAAUGCCUGACAAACACUAUAACACUGUCCCCCAGGUUCAGUGCAGCUGCAGUGUUGGCAUGUCUGUGUGGCAGAGAAUUAUUUAACUGGAUGAGAAAUCCUGCUAUAGUUAUUUUUGUACUUGCCUAUUUGCUACCAAAUGAAUAAACAUCCCUUGUAAUGCAGGAAUACA